CUUUUCUCUCCGUGGCUGGUCGCAGAGGGCGGGGCUCCGUGCCUGCGUUUGACAGCUGCGAAAUAGAAAAUGUAUAGCGCAUAGAUGGUCUGGGAAACCAUGCUGCUCCAAGGCAACCAUACUAUCACAGGGAAUGGGAUGCAGCAUGGCUCUUUAUAGCCUGCGGAUGCCCUCGUAAAUCUGGGCCAAUUGGAGAACACCAAAUUAGGGAAAUCAUUUGCUUUUACAGUGCAUGUAAAUCUGGGAUUUUGGGGGGCCAUGCAUCGUGCGUUCUCGUUCCCGGUGACUGUGGAGCGCAGUCGGACCAAGGAGCGCCUGGAGGCGAGUUUGGCCGGACUGUGUGAGCUGGAGCUCCGCAAGCAGAGACAGGAGUGCCUGGUGCUGGGGGCGCUGGCUCUCGGAGACCCUCUGCUCCAAGACUGCUCCAGAGGAGAGCUGGCGUGUUUCAGCAGCUGGGGGCAGGAAAACUUGACACUGAGGCGUCAGCUGAGUGCUCUUCAGAGUUCCCCAUGGGGCCUGAUGCAGGCGCUGGAACAGCAGGUGGGAGACCUGAGGAUCGACACUGACGAUGGCUGCUAUGAUGGAGCUCAAGGAUACGCAGGUUUCUAUGAGUCGAGUGAGGGUCAAUCGCAUAAAGGAAGAUCUUGUUCCACUGAGCCCACAGAUGGGGUCUCCUCCUGGGCUUACACCAACAACAGGCCAAAGUCUGUGGGAGACCCCCUCAUGCCGAAUGGAGAACUGGAUGCACCAGUCCCACGCACCACCUUACCCCGUUCUUUCUCUGCCCCUUACCCACCUCUGGAGGGCAUUGCUGAAGAGGGUGCAGCAGUGGACUCCUGGCAGUGGGACCCCAGCGGAGCCAACCAACCCUGGCAGCAGCAACCUGCAGAGGAUCAGAUCACAGAGGAGGACUACCAGCAGGCCUUGAGGGUAGAGGGUUACAUCCUAAGUCUCAUCCAGCGUCAUACCCUAGCACCACGGCCCUGUCAGCCUCGCACCACACUGAGCCCCGACCCCCCAUACUGCAGUGCCUCCGGACACAGCUCCCUCCACAGGAGAACCCAGUCUCUUACCACAGAGCAGCGCUUUACGGACCCCCACCUCCUGCCCCAUGUUGACCUUUCAGCAAACCCUAAUAGCCAGGGCUGGGGUUGUGACCUCUUAGAGGGGGAGGCCUGUGGAGGAGAGGUCCCAUCUUUGGAGGAGGACUGUUAUCUUGCCCUGCCCUACCCCCAGUCCAGGCCGCACUCCUUGGCUGAGAGACUACCAUCACCUCUGCCCUCCCUGGACCCCAACUGUGGUGUUGGGGCUCUUGACCUUUGUUGUGAGCCUCCAUCCCCCCAGCAUUACUUACAUCCACAUCCCGCUAUUCAUCACAAAAACAAUUUAGUAAGUGCUCAGUAUAUUCCUGGACAGGCCUUCCAUGCCCCUGUGCGUUCCCCGAGACACUACAACUCAGAGCAGCCUAAACCAACCCGAGCUGUCACCUCUCCUGACCACCAGAACUCCAAGUCCAGAACUUCUAAGAAGAGCCACAAUGAGCGGCAGAGAACCAAGAAAUCAAGCAGUAAAACCAGUCGAUCCCAGUCUGAAAACAGCCUCCUGGGCCAGCGAGUGCUGCCUGAGCGCAGGUACAGCACCACCGAGAGGCACCAAGGCAGAGGGGAUCUUGCUCAGAACCAAAGCCAAGUCAGUGAACCGCAGAUUGGCCACAACAGCCACAAAGAGAGCCGACGUUGGUGCUCCAACCUAGAGCUCAGCCAGGAUGAAGGGGAGACCAUAGCAGGGCAGUCGCAUAGACGCCCUCGAAAAGCUCGCCAUGGUCCUUUUUGUCCCCAUUCCCAACCCCAGAACUACCACCAGCAGCAGCAGCAGCAGCACACCCCGCGUUGGCACCCAGACUUCCAGGAGAGAGCACCUCUCUGUCAGGGAGAGGAGGGCUAUGCUGGCGCCGCCCCUGCAGAGUCCGAGUCCAGCAUGAGCGAGGUGUAUUCCCCGGCCUCCAGCUCACUGUCCAGUGAUUCAGAUGAGAGUGGGGGGCUUGUGUGGCCCCAGCAGCUGCCCCCACGUCUUGCUUCUACCUCCUCCUCAUCCUCACCUUCACCACAGGCCUCUGCCAAUGCCCCCUCUCAACCAAAAGCCUUUGUCAAGAUCAAAGCCUCCCAUGCUCUCAAAAAGAAGAUUCUCAGAUUCCGCUCAGGGUCCCUUAAAGUCAUGACUACUGUUUGAGGAAAUGCUCAAACCUGUUUUAAUCCCAUAACCUAAUACUGUGUUUGACAGUCAUUGUCAGAGCAACACUGUGGCUGCUAAUUUUGGUCACCUAUCAUAUGUUAACUAACCAAUCCAGUAUGUAUACUCUACCUACCUCUAAUUACAGUACAGUAUGUUCUUGGUGAGAGACUUUUUGCAUCACACCAAUUAUUAUCAAUUAGAGCAGGAUAAUGCCCAUUAGUCUAGUGUCUGAGGGUUGUCAGCUACAAGAUAAUUCAACCAGAUGAUCUCUAGCAGAUUUUUAAUCAUCCCCAUUAAUGUGAGUUACACUGUGUUGACAUGGACAUGGUGACAAGUGACUGAAUAUGCAGUUUCUCCUUGAUGUCUGUUGGACAUAUAGUUAAUUAUCAUAGCUUUGUGGUUAAUUAAUUCCUACAGUGUCGAGUUGGCCAGAUACAAUUCUGCAUGACUAAUAGGUACAUAGUCUAAAGCUUCAUGUCUUGCUAAACACCAAAAAUCUAGAAAUUAGAGUGUUUUGUGGCACUGACUUUUUUUAAGAAAUUUGACGGGUCCAAACUUUUCCACUAAUUUCCUAGACAGUGUCCUGGAAAGAACUGUGUAAUUUGCUACUAAUCAGAGAGAACAGCUCAAUUUAAACCCAAUUCAAUAUUCCUAGAAAUUGUAUUUAUUAUUAGAAAUUGUAUGCACAAAAUUUCACAUUUUGCAUGUUUGGCCGACCUGCUCUGCACUUAAUAAAACUUACACAGUUCUUUCCACGAAACUUCUUGGAAAUUAUUUUUGAAAUUAUUAGAAUAUUAUUUUUAAAACUACAGACCAAUAAAAUAAAGCGUGGUAAGACUUGACGCUUAAGAGCAAGGAUUUUUUUCUGCAGUUAGCCAUCAUCCUAUAGAAAAAGCCUCUAGUACAGACCUAUGUUUACAUUUGGUUUUCUUAGUACAGUCUAAAGAUUCAUGAGCUGAUUGUAAAUCUCUGAGCAGGGAAUAUCCCUUUAUCUGUAUCAUUUCUUAUACUCAGCACUGCCUCUUUGUAAACUGUAGGGACCAAUGAGCAUCAACAGGUCUGUGAGUCAGGAAUGGGUUUAUUAGAGGCCAUAGUGAGGUACCAGUGUACAUAUAUGCAUGCACAUACAUUAUGUACAAGUGCACAGAUUCAUGAAACAUAGGGACUCAGACUUGGACACUCUUGUAAAUAUGUAUGCUUUUGUAUAUAUCAUAAUGUGGCCUUGUUUGGAAUGAAUGUAGUUUGUAAAUAAAAGCGAUUUUGCUCCUAA